CCCGGAAGUGAAGCGCUACAGUUACAGUCAAAGCGAAAUAGCUACGUGCAGCAAGCACAGAGAAAUUAUGUUAUCAUCACCAUCAACUUUAUCAUCUAUGGAUCAAAUGCGCUCUACAAGCAGCCUGCUCAGAUAUCUGGAUGGCGAUUACUGGGAAAUUAAAGAUGUAUUACGCGAAGCGAUAUCAAAAUGUGAACUGUUUCACUGCAGCAGUUAUGAACUGACUCUGGAUCAGCAUAGAGACUUGACUGCAGAUAGACUACGUCAUAUCCUCAGACUGCCACUGAUGAAGGAACACCUUAAAAAUCAAGUGAAGGAGAAACAAAAAGGUUUCAUAGCUAAGAGUUUGAGUAUGACAGAGCUCAUCUGCUCAGCUGACCUGGCUACAGGAGUCAAGAUCGGUGUCGUGUGUGGAUUGUAUGGAGGUGCUGUCAACAAUCUAGGGAGUUCAGAGCAGAAGGAGAAAUGGUAUCUCCCUGUUUCAGAAUUACAAUUUACAGGCAUGUUUGCCAUGACUGAGAGAGGUCACGGUAGCAACGUACGAGGCAUUCUUACUGAAGCCCAAUACGACCAAUCCACACAGGAGUUUAUAAUCAACACUCCCUCUGAAGAUGCUCAGAAAAUGUACAUUGGAAAUGCAACGAAAGGACACGUCUCUGCUGUAUUCGCUCAACUCAUUAUAAAUGGAGAGUCGCAAGGCCCUCACUGUUUUAUUGUACCAAUCCGUGAUCAGAAUGGAGUCACAAGGCCAGGAGUGACUGUGAUUGACAUGAAACACAAAGAAGGUCUGAAUGGGGUUGACAAUGGCAUUUUGAUAUUUGAUAACGUACGGAUACCACGGGAAAAUCUGCUAAGCAAGUUUGGAUAUGUAGCAGCUAAUGGCGUGUACACAUCUCCAAUCCCGAGUAAAGGCAGUCGCUUUAAUGCUAUGUUAGCUGCACUGACGCCAACCCGCCUCUGUCUUACUGUACAGGCCAUGGCCGCCAUGAAGCUUGGUCUCAUCAUAGCCGUACGCUACAGUCACAGUCGUAGGCAGUUCGGUCCAAGGCAUCAGGAUGAGGUGAAGAUCAUAGAGCACCAGACGCAGUAUCUAAGACUGAUGCCACACCUGGCUGCCUCCCUUGCGCUUACGUUCACUACCAGAUAUGCGGCUGAUCUAAUGGAUGAUGCAUUGUAUCAGGGGCAAGACCUUCAAAGCAAUCGCGCUCUACAGGCACUUGUCGCGGGACUCAAAGCGUACAGCACGUGGCAGAACAUCAUGUGUCUGCAAGACUGCCGUGAAUGUACCGGUGGCAUGGGUUUCAUGAUGGAAAACCGAAUACCAUCUCUAAAGUGCGAUUCUGACGUCUUUGUCACAUUUGAGGGGGACAACAUGGUCAUGCUGCAGGUGGUGGUACGAGAGCUGUUGGCUCAGUACACCAAACAGAUGGGAAACAACUUGGUUAUGGGACUGAUCAGAAACUGGACCAGCUCAGCCACAGACAGAAUCAGAACCAGCUCUCUUGGCUUCAGUGUGGAUAAAGUAGGAGACCUAACGUUCCUUCUGAAGGCGGUGAGAUACAGAGAAAGGGUGUUGCAACGCAGUCUAGCAAGUCGACUUUACAGUAAGGUGGAGAAAAACAAAGAAGAGUUUUUCAUGGCUUGGAACGCUUGUCUUCAUCAUGUGACCACUUUAGCUAUGGCGCACAUACAUAGAGUGACCUUGGAGCAGUUUGCCCUGGCUGUUCAACAAUGCCACAUCAAAGAUGACCAUGCCUUGCUCACUAAGUUCUGCCUUCUUCACGGCACUUAUUUGGUGUACCAGGAGAGAGGGUGGUACCUGGAGCACAACUACCUGACCCCGAACACCAGCCGACAGAUCCGCAGCCAGCUUCUGGAGCUGUGCAGGUCAGUAAAAGAUGAUGCACUGAAGGUGGUCGCAGACUUCAACAUCCCAUCCUGCUGCAUACAGGCCCCCAUCGCAGGAGUCGCUAACCCGAGGGCAGAAUGGGGUUUCUACGCACAGCCACAGUGGCCCGGUGUCACCCAACCUCUAUCAAAGCUCUGAGUGAGCGUAGCCUUGUGUUUGGGUCACCAUCAGCACCGUGACGCUGCACUGGUCUCAAUCGAGUGAUGCUGGCAUUAAUGGGUCUGGAAUAAUUGGGAGUUAGAAAGUAAUCGUUCUUAUUUUGUGAUAGAAGUAUCAUGCCUUGUGCCAAAAGAAAUUGCGAUGGCAUGCUAAUGGAAAACCUUCUACUGGCAAAAGUAUUUUGUGUAUGACUUAGGGAUGUUGGGUAGAGAGCUGCAUAUUUUGUCUUUAAUUUGAGUUAUGUAAUUCAUGUAUGCUUCUAAAACUUUAAAAUGGGAUGCAGGGAUCUCCAAUUAACACCUGCCAAACCUAAACGAAUACUAACCACUAAUCGACCCCAUCCCAAAUGACACACUUAAUAUAUUUAGUAUGGACCAAAUUUAUAAUAAUCGUAUUCAUGUUGUAUUUAUAUAUGUAUUAAUUUAACUUGAAUGAUGUCAUUAUUAAAAUGUAAUGCAAUGUUUGUUUCUCUCAGUGUUUUGCUGCAAAUGUUUAUUUCCAUUUAACGCUUUCCACAAAUCCAUCUACUUGUUCACCUCUAACAUCCACGUUUUUAAAGAUCUACUUGUAAUCAGUUUUGUGAAAUUUGUUUAAAGGGGCCAUGUCACAAGACUUUAAAUGUCAAAUAAAUCUUUGGUGUCCCCAGAGUACACAUGUAAAGUUUUAGCUCAAAAUACCAUAUAAAUAAUUUAUUAUAAUAUGUUAAAAUUGACACUUUGUAGGUGUGAGCAAAAAUGUGGCGUUUUGGGUGUGUCUCUUAAAAUGCAAAUGAGCUGAUGAAAUUCAAACACUGAUAGCAAUGAUGGUGGUUUGUUGCAAUUGAAACUCAAUUGUGCUGUGAAUUAUUUUCUCUCUCUCUCUCUCUCUCUCUCUCUCUCGCUCUCUCUCUCGGUUUCUCUCUGCACUAAAUGGCUGUGUCGUGGUUGGAUUGUGCAGAUUAAGGGGCGGUAUUUUUAUAAUAAACGCUCCUUAUGACAUCAUAAGGAGAGCCAAAUUUCAAUGACCUAUUUUUUCACAUGCAUGUGGAGAAUGGUUUACCAAAACUAAGUUUCUGGGUUGAUAGAAGCACUGGGAACCCAAUUAUAGCACUUAACAUGGAAAGUCAGAUUUUCAUGCCAUGGCCCCUUUAACUACACUACAUUUAAUACACCAUAAACGUUUUUUAUUACACCA